AUGACAGACCAAUGGCCAAGUAUAAUUGCUAGUGAUAAUGUUGUCAAAAAUAUUGGUAGAGUAAUUGGUAUUGGAAAUCAUUCAAUUGUAUGUAUGUUGGAUAAUCAAACUAUUAAAAUAAGAUUAUUUAAUCAACAAAGCAUUACAGAAUAUGAAAAAUGGAAUAGAAUCACUAAAUUAUUAAAGAAUCAAACAACUAGUUUUCUUCCAUUAUUAAGAACUGUUUCAUUUAUUAAUGAAAAUGAUCUUCUACUUGUUGAUGAUACAAAAAGAAAUCAAGAAGUUAUUCUAAGUUCCCAAACAAAUGGAGAUAAUAUUUCAUUUAUUUUACUUAAAAAAGGAAAGUAUAUUGGUUUUAUAUCAGAAAAUUCAGGAAAAACAGUUUCUCAAAUAAAACAACUAAGUUACAAUGACUUACUUCAAGUAAUCUUUCAAUUAUUAUGGAGCUUAAACAUUGCUGAAGAAUCUUUUGGAUAUUCUCAUGGGGAUAUUCAUUCUAAAAAUAUUCUUUUAAAGAGAGAACCAAAUAUCUUGAUUGAUAGAUCUCAUAAUAGAAGAUAUUUAUUUAAUUUAAAAGUCACUCUCAUAGAUUUUGAGCUUUCUUCAUUUAAAUAUCCAGAUAGUACAACUGAUUGUAUAGGAAUAAAAAAUAUUAUUAAUUAUUGUUCAUUAUUUCAACAAACUUCACAACAAAAAAGGUUAUUGUCUCAAUUUAAAAGAAGUCUCUGUUCAUCGAAAUAUUCUUAUUCUACAUUGUUACAACAUCCAAUAUUCUCAUCAAUUUAUUCAACAUCAUUUACUGUAUAA